ACCAUCCCAGCCCCCACCUCCCCUGCCUCCAGCAAACUCACAGCCCCCACCACCGAAGCUCCCAACCCCACCCGAAGCGGCAGCCAUGGCCCCCAAGGCAGACAAGAAGCCGGCCGCGGAGAACAAGGUCGAGAAGGCGGCGGAGAAGACCCCCGCGGGCAAGAAGCCCAAGGCCGAGAAGCGGCUGCCGGCGGGCAAGACGGCGUCCAAGGAGGCCGGCGGCGAGGGCAAGACCCGGGGCCGCAAGAAGGGCAGCAAGGCGAAGAAGGGCGUGGAGACGUACAAGAUCUACAUCUUCAAGGUGCUGAAGCAGGUGCACCCCGACAUCGGCAUCUCCUCCAAGGCCAUGUCCAUCAUGAACUCCUUCAUCAACGACAUCUUCGAGAAGCUCGCCGGGGAGUCCGCCAAGCUGGCCCGCUACAACAAGAAGCCCACCAUCACCUCCCGGGAGAUCCAGACCUCCGUCCGCCUCGUCCUCCCCGGGGAGCUCGCCAAGCACGCCGUCUCCGAGGGCACCAAGGCCGUCACCAAGUUCACCUCCUCCUAGACUGACGAUGCGUCGCUUGUUGUGACAGAUGUGGCUGUCUGAUGUAUCUGCAAGUAGAAGUAGUAGUUCGUGUGGUAGAAGAUUGCCAACGCUUUGUUGGCUUCUUGGUUGUGAGAACUGAACGUGUUGCUUUUGCAAACUGAAAUCUAUCUAAAAAAUGUUGCGGUUGUGGUACUACUA